GCGCCUGCGACGUAACGUCCAGCACUCGCAACCAUGGCCAACGUCAUCGCUAUGCUCGGCAACAUGUUCGCCUUCAAGGGCACUUACCAGGCGGAGGUUACCGUCGGUGAGAACGAGAACGGGGAGUCGGCGAUUCGUCGUUUCCGCAGGGCGGUGAUGUCCUCGGGCCACAUCAACGAGACCCGCCGCCGCAGGUACUUCGAGAACCCCCAGGACAUCAAGAAGCGCAAGCAGUCCACGCCGCGCAAGAAGAAGGGGGCCAAGCCGCGCACCGCCGCGCAGGCUCUCGCCGAGAAGGAGCAGGCUGCCAUGAACCAGGGCCAGGGCCGCCGCGGUGGCUCCUUCCGCGGCAACGCGGGCCCUUAAGCGCCGCGACGUGCUUAUAGCUCGCGCGCUUAUGGGUUUGGUGGGUGUCGAGUGACGCGUUUGUUGCGCGGCGCCGUCGCUGGCGAGUUGGGGCGCCGGUCCAGUUGAUCACAUCACAUAUUAGGAGGGACCGAGCUCCAACGGGGCGUGGUGGUGAUGUCAAACGUGUGUUUAGCUCGAAACGCGGUGUCGAAUACUCCGCCGCGGUUUGUAAAGACAACAUAGCAUGCAUUUGCCA